UCAUUUUAAUUAAUUUUGAAAUUUUGAAAUAAUUUUGAAAUAAAUAAUUUUAAAUGAAGUUUUUUUUUAAUUAAAUAAUUUAAAAGUCUGGUAGUUAAGACAUCACCACAACAUCUGGUUUCUUGCUAUGUGAUGAUGUAAUCAUCCAAAAUGGCAGGAAAAAAAUCAUUUUUCCCAUUCUGCUCUUUGUUGAUUCUUUGUUGAUUUGUGAUGAUGCAAUGGUGAUGUCAUGUUUUAAUCGCUUUAAAAAAACAGUGAAAAUACCUGUUUUCCACUCCUUUGCCCUUUACUCCUAAUUAGCUGUCAAACAAUGAUGCAAUGGUGAUGUCAUAAUUAAACUAAUUUUUUUUGUUCCCGUUAAAAUACCUAUUUCCCCCCCCAUCCCUUAUUUGCAGUUGGUUGCUGAGUAAUGAUGUGAUGAUGUCAUAACGACCAAACUUUACAAAACCUCUAUGAAAACUCAGAUCUCCUGCCCUUGCUUCUUGCUGAGAAGUGAUGAUGUGAUGAUGAUGUCAUAGUUUCAUAGUUGGUCGGGUCAGAAGGGACCUGAGCAGAUCAUCAAGUCGGACCCCCUGCCAUGGGCAGGAAAGAGUACUGGGGUCAACCUCUUAAAGACCUCCAGGGUAGGAGCCAGCACCACUUCCCUUGGAAGUUGGUUCCAGAUCCUAGCCGCCCUGACUGUGAAGUAGCGCCUCCUGAUAACUGAACAACCUUUACAAAUGGGAACAAAAGUACAGUGGCGUUUUGCUUCUAAUCGAGCUGAUGUCACUCUUCUCUGAGACAAUAAUGAUGUCAUAAUGGUUAGGAAAUAGUAAAAAUAGAUAAAAAUGGUUAAACAGCUGAUUCCCUCCCCCCCCUUAUUAUAAUUGAUCACUAAGUAGUGAAGGCAUGAUGAUGUCACAGCUGAAAUGGUGACAAAAACCUUAUUUUUCCCCUUCUGUCUUUGGCUGAUCUGUGAUUUGGCACUGAUGAUGCAGUGAUGAUGUCAUAACCCCCCUUCUUUCCAAAAAACACCCACAGUCACAGUAAUCUGAUUUCCACCCCAAUCUUGAUACAGGAUGAUGCAGUGAGAACAUCAUAACUCCCUAGCUUUCAAUGCCCCGCUUCCAAGUAACAAUAAUCUGAUUUUCCACCUCAGUCUUGAUACAUGAUGGUGCAAUGAUUAUGUCAUAACCCCCUGGUUUGCAACACCUCCCCCCCAGUGCCAAUAAAUAAUCUGUUUUCCACCCCCGCCUUGAUACAGGAUGAUGCAAUGAUGAUGUCAUACCCCAGUGACCCCUCUGGAGUAUUUGGGGAUACCCCAGAGGGGGGGGCAGGGCUAGGAACGCAGGUGUCCAGGCUGCCUUCGGAUUUACCCCCUGGCCUUUCUCCCAUUUCCCCCUGCAGGCCCCUUGGCCCCAUGACCCCAGAUAAGCUUAUCAGGGGUAUUCCCCACCCCCCUCCGUCCUGGGGGUCGGGCAAGGCCUGGGUGGGGCAUCAGGAGGGAGCAUAAAAGCCACCGGGGCAGCCUCCGGACUGGACACACGGACCCCGGCCUAGGACAGACGGACCAUGAAGGUGCCCGCAGUCUGCGUCUUCCUCCUCCUCGUCCUCCUGCAUGGGUCCCCUGCGGCCUGCUCAGCCCUGAGAGCCCAGGCAGACGCCAGUUUGAUGCCCCAUCCUGAGACUGGAGCCCCGAGCCACGGCCUGGAGGCAGACGCCGAUUUGAUGCCCCGUCCUGAGAUCGGAGCCCGGAGCCAUGGCCUGGAGGUCCCACUGCGGAGAUCCAAGCGCUUCAACAGCCACUUUCCGAUCUGCAGCUACUGCUGCAACUGCUGCCACAACAAGGGCUGUGGCUUCUGCUGCCGGACCUGACCCCUGACCUGCGACCUUCGACCCUGGCGUGUGAACUAGGGUCUGUGACCUCCGACCCCUUGCCUUAUUUAUUUCUCUGCCCCUCGCCUGUCGCUCCUUGGUAAUAAAGCAGCUUUUUUAUGGAA